AUGAUUGCACAAUUGGAAGAGCAAAAAACAAAUCUUGCUAAAAUGCAAGAAAAUCCUCGUGAGCCGACCAUAACCUCAACAAAUAUAUCCGUGCCAGCCUUUCCACCGUAUGUGCAUACAAAGCAAAGUUUUGACUCGUACAUCGCACAAUUAACCCAGCAUUUCGAAGCGUAUUCAGUCACGAAGCAGGAACAGAAACGAGCAUUUUUCCUCUCGUGGGUAGGAGCCGACUGUUUUGAGCUGCUAUCCAAACUUUUCGACACAGAAGACAUACAAACGCAGACAUACGAAAGCAUUAAAGAAAAGUUGUCAACGCACUACAAGGAAAAUGUUCACAUACUGGCCUCAAGAUACGAAUUUCUGUCAUCGAAAAUGAAACCAGAACAAAAGUAUUCAGAAUGGGUUGCUGAACUGCGGGGCAUAGCGCGGAAUUGCAGGUUCGUGUGUAGUAACAAUACUUGCAAAACGUCAUUUAUAGAUGACCUGCUUCGAGACAUUUUAGUUUUGAAUUCGCCACAUGAACCGGUACGCACUGCAGCACUACAAAAGCCUAAUCCGGCACUCGCAGUUGUUAUAGCUAUAGCCGAAAGCUAUGAAACAACACAGGCCAUGAAAAAGCGGAUGUCAUCUAGCACAGCAGAACGCAGCGAAGUAUUUCAGCUGAAACAGCACCAAGCUGAAAAAAAGCUUAAGCCAAGCGCAAGCAAGAGUAACUGUUUUCAAUCCUGCUCUGGGUGCGGGAAGCACCACUCCAGAAGCCAAUGCAAAUUUCGUAAUGCACAAUGCCGAAAGUGCAAUCGUUUCGGCCAUAUCGCACCAGUUUGUAAAGCACAAAGUGCAAUUACCGACAAUAAAAAUAAUAAAAAGGAGAAGCAACCGCAGACUAACAACAAUAACGCUCAGCGAAGUGUGUCAACGAUCAACUUUGUUGCUUCAAUUACGAGCACCGUGCCAAACAAAGUAGGAAACAAAUAUCUGAUGGAAAUAGGGGUGAAUGAAGUACCAGUCAAGUUUCAGAUGGAUACCGGCGCCACUUGCUCCGUGAUUGGCUUAGAUGUAUAUAAUGAAAUUGGAAAGCCAAGUCUUACGCCCUAUCCAACUGGUAAGCUAAUCGCGUAUGGGGGAAGUGCUGUAAGCAUUUUGGGAACUAUUGAUGUCACUAUUCAUCAUGGGCAAAUUAAACGGCUAGUGAAACUUGUUGUAGCUAAUGUUCAGCAAAAUAGUGAAAUCCUUGGAACGGAUUUGCUAGAAGAAUUGGGAUUAUGCGCCUGCCAAGCACAUCACAUAAACGCCGUUAUAAAAAAUUUGCAGAUGUGUUUGAAGGCACGUUGGGUUAUUGCACAAUUUCAAAAGCUGAGUUACGGUUAA